CUAAUCCAAACACACACUCACAAAUUCACAGAGCUCCAUCCCUUCUUGUGUUCUCUGUUGUUUUUCUCAGAUUUUUACAAGUCAGCAGCCGGACUAAAACCAACUGGAUACUUUUUACGCUCGUGUUGUCUUGUUAAACUUUGCAGGCUGCAGGAUUUGUUUCUGGAGUCUAUUUUAUACAGUUUGGUUUAGUUUGCCUCGGCAGCGAUUUCCAGAUGCAUUAAUGGCGUGAGCAGCCUCAGUGAUUGAGAUAUGGCGUUGUGCUGGUGCACCAUGGUCUUCUGCAGGUUGGCUCCAGUGUGCUUUCCCCUUAUCGUCACAUCACUGCUAUGGCUAACGAUCUCCCCCGCCCAUGCUGUACCUCCCUGUCCACGGAGCUGUAGCUGUCCAGGUGUCAAAGAUGUCCACUGUACAUUCAGACAUCUCACUGCUAUGCCAAACAACUUUCCCAAAGACACAGAGAGGCUCAAUUUAGGAUAUAAUAGUCUGACUGAAGUGGAAGGGUCCCAAUUCAGGUCGCUGCGGAAAUUGGAGAUGCUCAUGUUACAUGGUAACGACAUAAGCACUGUCCAACAUGGGGCAUUUUACAGCUUGCGAUCGCUCCAGAUGUUAAAGUUGAGUUACAACAAGCUAACAAGAGUGACCCCUGGGUUGUUUGAGGGUCUCCUUGGUCUGGUUCGUCUUCAUCUGGACCACAACCUCAUCAGCUUCAUCGAGCCAUACUCAUUUUCGGGUCUGACUUCUCUCAAACUAUUACAACUGGAAGGAAAUAUUCUUAAGGAGAUCCAUCCUCAUACCUUCAUUACAGUGUCUCUGCUAGGAAACUUUUGGACCUCUUCACUCAAACACUUACACCUUUCAGACAAUCUGUUGGAUCAGUUCCCUGCCUCUGUACUGAACACAGCUCCCAGGCUUGAGCUCCUCUCUCUUCAUGGUAACCCCUGGACUUGUGACUGUCAACUUCACUGGUUGCUACAGUGGAGUUCCACACAUGAAGGUGUAAUAAAGUGUAAAAAGGAACGUGAAACGAGCACAGUUGAGAUUUGUCCUCAGUGUUUCUCACCUCAACCCUUAAAUGGUACCCUCUUGUUUGGGUUAACUGAAGACCAGCUGACCUGUGAUAGGCCAGUUCUUCAAUCUUCCCUGAAACUGUGGGACAACCCAGUGUGGGCGGAAUCUGAUGCAGAGCCUGAUCUCCCAUACACCCGGGACCUUGAAAAGCCCUUAGGCGACCUAAGUUUUUCUCUAUCGGAUACCCAUGGAAAUAAUGCUCACGUGGUGUGUGAUGUGCGCCACCCAGGAGACAAUUCACCUAUAACUUGGACAGUGAAUACACGGACAGCACAAGGGUUGUCUGUUAAUGUAUCUUUGGCAACCAUCCUUGAGUGUGAGAUUGAUCGGGAAAAAUUACAAAACCUAUGGCAAUUGGUUGCAUAUUACUAUGAAAGCCCUGCUGUCUUGGAGAGAGGUCAACAAAGACAAACAAACAGCAGCAGAACAACUUAUCAAUACUUCCAAGUUGCAAAUGAGAAUUCUCCUUAUUUUACAGACUUAAAGGGUUAUUUAGUGGCAGAGCCUGCAUGGCUGCUUCAACACAAAGUCACGUUAAAGCUUAAUAGAAUGCUAACAACAACUAAAAAACUAGUGAUGGAUUUUACUACAGUAAUCACCAAGCGUAUUAACAGCCAAAGAGGGCAGCAAGACAACUCUGACCUUACUUCUUCUUGGGCAAUGAUUCAACGUGGAACUGCAGGGCGUGUGAAGACUGCUUUGGAGGGCUCAGAGGUUCACCUACAAUGCAGUGUUGUCACUUCACACCAGGAAGUAAAAAUCGAGUGGAUGCUUCCCGAUUUGUCUAUUGUGGAGAGUAUGAGUGAUAAAGUCAAAAUUGAUGACACAGGGGAUCUUGUGAUAAUGAAUGCAUCACAAUCCGACUCAGGUCUCUACCACUGUAUGAUCAGAACAAAAACUGGUGUGGAUUUGAUGUCUCUGAGGCUUACUGUCAAAGAACGAACAAUGAGCCCUACUGCUUUCAAUGGCCAGAAAAUCACAGUUGAAAAGGGAGGUUCAAUCGCUCUCGCAUGUGAAGUAACAUCUGUGCAACCCAGUCAAACUGUUUGGUACGUGCCGAAAAACAAAGUUAUUACACCUACACAAAAGACAAGAAAUGCAGCAGUAAUGGAGAAUGGUACUUUGGUGGUGAGGAAGUUGAUGGAAGAAGAUUCAGGGGAAUACAGUUGUUUGGCCUCGAAUCUCUAUGGAGUUGACAUGUUGUCACAUAUAGUGGAAGUCACAGGGGAAAAGGUAUCCCAUAACUCUGAAGUAGAGACAGAAACAGAGCAGCAAACCUUAAAUACUGAUGAGGAAGAGGGUUCAGCGGUGGAUUACCAGGAAACAGUUCGGCGUUUCGUGACACAGGUUCCAAUAAUAGAAAAACAGCAAAAGAAUCCUGGAAAAAAUAAAAUCCAAAGGAAAGAUUUUAUUGUAAAGAAAUUAGAUCCAAAUUACUGGGCAGAGGUUUUGGCUAACGCCAAUGCUAAAUUACCCAUUUUACAGGCGUCAGAGUUGCCACUACCAGAUCCCACCACUCUAAUUGUCCCAACCAGUUUGACCAACCCUGCAACUACCCUUUCCUCCUAUACCAUAGCCAACAAUUUUCCCAUCACAACAAUUUCUGAAUUUCGGAUUGAGCCAACAGCUUUAUUGUUAGAAACACAACCAACAACUUUGGUGACCUCACCUGCUAGAAGCACAGAGACAUCCCAUCAGCAGGUUAAUGGGAUUACAGAAAAAAACAAUGAUGUAACAAUUAUUGCAACACAAGCUGCAAAAGGUGCAAAUAUAUCAUUUGGUGACGGGAAUAAGAAAUUUGUUCCUAGCAGCUCAAAUCGGAGAAGGCCACCUUUUAGGCGUAGAAAACCUCAAAUGAGACGAAUUAACCAAAAUCUGAAGCCACUUCGUCCUUCAUCAAACAUGCUCAAAUCUACAGUUCCCCCACCAACAAUCACAACAACUAGUACUAGAGUCACUACCACCACCAAAGAUAGGCCAACACCUUCACUAACUACAGUCACUUACUACUACCAAGCAGGCGAAGACAAAGUCAAUGAAAAAUCUGAUUACAAGGAUAGUGGUGGUUUAGAUGAAAAAAAAGAAUCAAACAUUGAAACUCAUCAUACUGUUCAGGAUUUUGAAAGAAAAUUUACCAAAUUGCAAUCAGUUGCAGAAAAAGAAGCCAAAUUAACUAUUUCUGCAGAAGCACAUACUUUACCUAACCUGAAAGCAAAGACAAAAGUUAGUUCUCUACCAACCAAUAUGACUGAAGAAACAGAGGAAGAUGGUAGAAUUAAAAAAAUAUCAGAAGGGAAGAGGGUGCAUAUUCUGGAAGAACAAGGAGAGACCGGGGGAAUUAACAGAAAUCUUGAGAAAGUCAAAGAAUCUGAGAAUGUGCUGGUCACUCAGAGUUACAAUAUGCGGCAUAACCUUAUUUCAACAAUCCACACACCAAAGUCAAACUCUCAUCCUUCACUGGAACAGACAAGUGGUUCAUCAUCCAAAGUGAUAACUUCACAUUUAAACGAAGACAAAAUUAAAGAGGACAACAUCCACGAGGAAAAUAAAAAGGUGAAUGGAGCAAUAAUAAAGCCUGAAAUCCCAUAUGUUCCUAUAGUGCAGCCGAUUCACCCCUGGCUGCACCAGUACAAUCAAGAACAAGAGCAACCACAAACACACAAAGACAGAUAUCCAGAAAAACGGAAAGAAGUGAAUCUCAGUAACCGCCCUUUGCCGCCUCGCAUUGCACCAACUUCACAUUGGUCUUCAAACCAUCAUCCCCAUCCUGUAUAUCCUCCUCGGCAAGGUGCUGUGCCACGUAUUGUGCCCACACAAGAAACCAGACCUUUCCCCUAUCCUCGGGGUCAAAACCCAGUUGCUACUAACAGACCAGAAAUCAUAGCUGAAACAGUGAAGCCUACACCCACUCAUGGAGCCCAAGUUAGAGAUCAAUUGUUACUAUCGAGGCUUAGGAACAGAUACAGACAGGCAUAUAUUGAUCGUCUCUCACAGCUUGGAAAGAUAGUGACACCAAAACCACGCAUAAGCUACAACAAUCCUGUUAAGUCAAUUCAACCCAGUCCCAUACCUCUGAACCCGGUCAGAGCCUUUCUUCCAAGACCACAAGCACCAACCCCCUCGUAUAACUUGCAACCUCCAAACAUUGUUAAAACUACAGCAUCCUCAUUAUCUGAGUUCAAUUCAACCCCUCAUUCUUACCAACCUACCACCACAAGAUUACAGCACGGGGGUCAGAGGCCUGUUCAAGCUGGAAUUGGAUCUCAACAUCCAACAGCUUUACCUUAUUACCCAUUGGUGUUAGGAGCCGGAGAUGGUGGGGCAAAACCCCGCAUCACCACGGUUAACAAAGCCAGCAUGUCGGUGCUGGCAGAGGGUGACGCUGUUCUACAUUGUAAAGCAGCAGGGAAUCCUGAACCUAGGAUCGCAUGGACAAAAUUAUCGACAGGUGUCACCAUACCAGCCAACACCAAGCAUGGCUCCCGGUUUGAAGUCUUCAAAAAUGGAAGUUUUGUAAUUAACGCCGUCCAACUUCAGGACAGAGGCCAGUACCUCUGCACUGCCCAGAAUAUGUUUGGAUCAGAUCGUAUGGUGAUCACAUUGUCAGUCCAGACUGAGGCCCCGAAGAUUCAACCUCCCAGGUCUACGGAAAUAGCAAUCUACUUGGGAAAGAGUGUGACCCUUGAAUGUCUUUCUUCUGGAAAACCCCCAGCCGACAUUUCCUGGAUUCUGCCAGAUGGAACAUUUGUUCGUGAAAUUGGGAUUGUUCAUUCGCCACUUUCUCAAAUUGUGCUGCUUGAGAAUGGCACAUUGCACAUGCAGUCAACUAAUUUCUCCAAUAAAGGAGACUAUAAAUGUAUUGCAAGCAACGCAGCAGGCGCUGAUACAAUCACUUAUCAUCUUCAUGUUGCAGCUUUGCCUCCAAGCAUUAGUGAGACUGCAAGUGACACUGUGAUCAUUCCGGAAGGUAGGAGUAUAUAUGUCCAUUGUUCCAUGAAGGGUGAACCUUUUCCUACUUUGAAGUGGACACUGCCAUCAGGAGUCCAUGUGAAGCCAUCACAGUUCCUGGGACAUAGGCUCUUUGUCUUUCCCAAUGGGACACUGUAUGUGAAAAAUGUCUCACCAGCUGAUGCAGGGAGGUACGAGUGUUUAGCUGCAAACACUGUGGGCAUUGCCAAAAGAACUGUGUGGCUUGAAGUGAGGGCUGAUAGCUCCUCAGAUAUCCGCCAUCCUCCUGUUCCAUUCCCCCCUACUCACCACCAUGCUGUUCCAUCCCGCCAGCACUCAGUCUCAGCUAUGUAUGGUUCUGCUGUUUACUUACACUGUCCAGAGUCUAGUGGAUACCCAAGAGGAACCAUCUGGCAGCUACCUUCCAAAACCAUCAUGGAGCAUCGAUACAGUCCGGAGAGACCAAUUAAAGUUUUCCGGAAUGGGACUCUGAGGAUACUUCAGUUAACAGAGUUAGACGGUGGAAAUUAUCUGUGUGUCUUUCAGCGACCCAAUGGAGAGGACGUGGAGCUCUUUCGGGUGGAUGUCUUGAUGACGCCGCCCAGAAUAAAGCAUGUGAGAACAACGCAACCAAAAGUCAACUUUGGAGAAAAUGUCCAGGUGGACUGUGUUGCAACAGGCCUUCCAGAUCCAGAAGUCUCUUGGAGCCUACCAGAUGGAACACUAAUCAACAAUGCCCUUCAGUCUGAUGACAGUGGCUAUCGCAACCGCCGAUAUGUUAUUUUUGGCAACGGAACAUUACUUCUCCAUCAAAUGGGCAAAAAAGAUGAGGGUGACUACACCUGUUAUGCAAAGAACAAACUGGGUAAAGAUGAGAGAAAAGUUCAUGUUAAAAUUGGACCAAAUGCUCCUAGAAUUAGCUUAAAAUCUCAGUCUGUGGUGACUGUGAAUUAUGGAGAUUUAGCUCAGUUGAGCUGUCAAGCAACAGGUGAACCAACACCAAGGAUUGUUUGGAUCUCACCACGAAAUGAUGUGAUCCAAAUGUCAUCAGACAAGUUUGACAUUUUGGAAAAUGGAAUGUUAGUGGUGAAAAGAGUAACGCUAGCUGAUGAAGGGAAAUAUGCAUGUGUGGCACAAAAUUCUGCUGGUGAUGAUGUUAAAAACAUAGUUCUUGAAAUUGAAUCCCGGGAACCCUUUAUUAAUGGCAAAAAAGGGAAGAGUGACAACCAUGUUGAAGGCAUUUCUUAUCAAACAGUGCUGUUGGACUGCAAGGUGGACGGGAAACCUAUGCCUAAGGUUUGGUGGGUUACCCCCUAUGGCCACUCACUCCAAACUUCCUACCUCAGUGGUCGCUUCCAAGUCCACCAAAAUGGCAGUUUGGAGGUAAGAGGGGUAAGGAAAACAGAUAAAGGCAGGUACAUGUGUCUGGCCAAAAACAAUUUAGGUGAAGCAUCAUUGGUUGUUGAAUUAGAUGUGGCGCCAAUAGCUGAGAAGCCAAGUUUUGCUGUUCCCAAUAUUGAAAUCAUAUCAAUACAACAAUAUGGCAAAGAAUUUCACCUGCAGUGCCCUGCCCGUGGCAAGCCAAAUCCAGAGUUUAUAUGGGUGCUACCUAAUGGGACAAUGUUGAUGCCUGGUGUUAGACUGCAACGCUUUACCCACCAUCAGGGUAACGGCACUCUGUGGAUCUCACAGCUGGCUGCAAUCGAUAAGGGAGUGUACAGGUGUCUAGCAAAGAAUGUGGCGGGGCAAGCAGAGAAGCGUUAUGCACUAGAAGCAGGCAGGAAGCCAACGAUCAGAGGACCAACAAGUGGGAUAAAGAUUACCUACGGCCAAACUCUCAACUUGCAUUGCACUGUGGAUGGCUGGCCACAGGCGUCAAUCACAUGGACCCUACCCAAUGGCUUCACUUUGGAUAAACCUCUGUCUAUUGGUCGAGUUACAUUCCUUGCUAAUGGAACCCUCCAGAUGAGGCAGAUUGCUACUUUUGACAAAGGGCCAUAUACAUGCAAAGCAUCUAAUGCAUUUGGCUCAUCAACAUUGUCAUAUCCUGUCACAGUACUGGUUCAUCCACCACGCGUCACCAGUAUGCUGCCCUCUAUCACCAGCGCCAGCCGAGGAUCACCAGUGAGGUUAAAUUGUGUUGCGACUGGUGUUCCCAAGCCAGAAAUUUCCUGGACUUUACCUGGCCGUACUACAUUGGUUCCACAUAACCGCUACAUUGUGCAAGGAGGAAUACACAUGACAGAGGACGGUUGUCUGGUCAUUCAGAACCCUGUGCUCAUGAACUCUGGUAUCUAUAAAUGCAAUGCUAAAAAUGCCCUCGGAACAGAUUUUAAGAGUACAUAUCUUCAGGUGAUCUGAGUGACAAGAUUUGUCUCUUAUUCUGGGACUGCAAGGUUGAGAAAAUCUCCUGCAGGAUUAAGACUGGAUUAUUUGUCCAUAAGGAUGUAAGUAUCAAUUUAUUAUGCUACAAUGAAGAUAUCCUGAAGACAAACCACUGGCUGUAUAGCUGUAGGCAGCCAGACACUUUGCAUUUUAAUUGUAUUAUUUAGUCCUUACCACAUUUUAAAAUGCAUUGGACACAUUACGUCAACCACUUACCUCUGGCUACAUUAUAGCUUUGAAUCAGUUGUCUGUUCAAUAAAAGUAUACUUUUAUACGAAGACGGUAUUGUAAGAAUGGACCUGUCUUGUAAUAACAUGUACCCAUUUGAUGUAGUAUCACUUCAGGGACCAUUCGUAAUUGUUCUGUACAUGGUAGAAACUAUAAUACUCAUACUGUAUGUUUGCAUAUAGAUUAGUAUUUAUAUUAGAGGCAUUUAUUCAUGUGCAAAAAGUUAGGAAAAGAGCACGGAUAAA